UCGUAAUCCGCCAUUUCUACGCACGUGUGCAUCCACUCUCCGAUGUAGAGAUCAAGUGUAAUUAAUCUAUGCAAAGAUUCUGGAGGAAACUUCUAGCACAAAAGGAGUAUGGAAGUUAUAUGUCAAAUUGUAUGAAUAUUCAUAAUAGAUAAGAUGAUGGAUGUCUCUUCGGAUGAAGAUGAUCCAUACGCAAAUUUUGCUGGUCGUUUAAAAGCAUUAAAAGAAAAACGCUUUAAAACAGAGGAACCUUCUGUAGAGAUAGGAAAUUUUUCCAUCAACAUUGAACAGCAAAGAGAUGAUGAAAAAACCAAUGAUAAAGAAAUAAAUGGUAAAGAAACAUAUGACAAUGAUGAUACACAAACACAAAAGAGGAUGGUAAGAAGUAGAAGAAAUAAAGGUAUUACUACUCGUGCUACUGCUAGGCACACUAGGAGAAGGCAUCUGCCAGUUAAUGAUCUAGAAUAUGAUGUGGAUAUAAUUUCAUUUGAAGAAAAUCAAUUGCCUGAAUCAAUUCCUGAAACCUAUAAUAAUGAUGUGAUUGCAUUGUCAGAUGAUGAAAUUUCCACCAAAGAUGACAAUUAUGAGAUAACUAUUAAAGUAUUCUGGAGGUCAAACAGAAUCGAUCGAUUAAAUAUGCGUAGACAUGACAAUUUCCAAGGAAUUUUUCAAUAUUAUGCCGAUUUGGAGAAAGUUUCUAUGAAUGAAAUUCUAAUCAUGAAGAAAGAUAAAAUCAUUAAUCAUACUGAUACUCCAGCAUCGCUCAAGCUUUCAGUUAUAGAUAUACUUGAUGGUGGAAUAGUGCAUCCAGGCAUGAAUACGUCAAAAGAAUUAUUAAAAGGGAAGAAUAAUGACGACGAUAAUGUAUGUACUAUUAAAGUACAAACUGCCAACAAGAAGCAAUCGUUGAUUAUCUCACUUAAAAGGGAUCAACAAUUUAAAGCAUUAUUUGCUAAUUGUGCCAGACAAAUUGGUGUAAAAGAGAGUAGCCUCAAGUUUUAUUUCGACGGAGAACAGAUAAGCCCGACCGAUACUCCGGAAUUAUUAGAUCUUGAAGAAGAAGCAUGUAUUGAUCUUCACAUUUCUACAUAAUAUGUAAUAAAACCAUAGUAAAUCUUUCGUACAA